CCGGGGUUUUGCAGUGGGUGUCACGCGGAGGAGCUGCUAGACAUUCGGGCGUCAAGACAAGGUUCCACACGUAUUAGAAGACAUGGCGCACCGUGGCUCGAUCCACUGUUCUGAGCGUCGUGUUCCGCCUUGCGCCUUCGUGCUCACGCACUGCUAACCGACCCCCAUCUCCGCCAACUUCUCCGUGUGCAGUGUCCUUAGCUGCCGGCAACCUGUUGAGUGUUGGUCGAGUUCCGUCCAAGAGGAUGACAGCGAUGUCUGAGGUCGUGAAUGUGCGUUCCGUGGGUGACGGGGACGACGGCGGGGCCAGGUUGUCCCCUCUGGAGAGGGCUGCUGUGUCGUCUGCCGUAGCCGCCGUCAUCAUGCUUUGCGACAUGGAGGUGGAAGGUGAACGGCGGUGGGCACGGCUACGUGCUCGAAGAAGGAAGCUGAUGCCGCCGGCGACGUCUGAAGGGUUGGACAGCGCUGCCAUCUGUGACGCCGUGUUGGAGGUAUGUUGUGCACUGGGGUGUGGGGCACUACCAAGGGCGACGCCGAGGUGGUGGAUGAAAAGGAGGACGGGGGGAACUUGGGAGGAUCUUCGGCCUGCAGACGACGCCACUGACGACUACUUUCGCGACAAGUUACAGAUGUCUCCACGUGUAUUCCGCGAGAUCGUCGAGAACCUGUCGCUGAUUCUCCAGCGACGUGUGACGUUCUAUAGAGAGCCGUUGCAACCAGACCACAUCGUCGCCUACGCGUUGUAUAGGUGGGCGUCGGGCGAGACAUACGAGAGCAGCAGCUGCAGCUUUGGAAUUGGCAGGGCUUCAGGUUUGGUGGCCGUCCGGGACGUCACUGCUGCGCUGCUCUCGGUGUACAGGGAGAAGGUGGCGUGGUCGACCGGGGUGCUGAAGGCGAUCGUUCUGCGUGCUUUUGCAGACAAGGGUUUCCCGAACUGCCACGGGUGCAUCGACUGCACCCAUAUCUAUGUGGACAAGCCGGCCAACGCAUCUGCGGAAGACUACUACGACCGCAAGAGACGAUUCUCCGUGGUGGCCCAAGUGGUGGUCGACUUGGACUUGCGCAUCCUCAACGUGUUCGUGGGCUAUCCGGGGAGCUGCCACGACGUCAGGAUCAUCCAUCUCUCCAGUCUAUGGUCGCGGGCGGCGGUGGGAAAGUUGUUCAGAGGGCCUCUUGUGUUGCUACCGUUUCAAGUGCAGACGAAUGGUUAUCUGCUGGCCGACAAUGGUUACCCGCCGAGCGAAUGGAUUGUUGUCCCCUUUGGCGGCACGGCGCAGUCCCCACAGGAGACCCAUUUCGACAACAAGCAGAAGACCGCAAGGGGGGCGGUGCAGAGGGCCUUCGGGAGACUUAAGGGAAUGUGGCGCUUGUUCCUAGGCUCGCACAAGACGAACAUGGAGAAUUUGCCCCAGCAGUUCGUGACCGUCUGCAUCUUGCACAACAUCCUGAUCGACAUCGGCAUCCCUUUUGACGAGAACUUGCUGUGGGAGGUCGGCGCCAAUGGAGUGCGUCGUCGGGUGGAUCUCGGGAUCCAUCGCCCCCCCAGGCUGUUGUGCAUGGAAACCUCCACGGGGGAAGCGGUCAUGCUGCCAGGCGUUGGCGGAGCGAAUGACGCAGAGAUGACGGCAGAAGGCAGCGCGGGGCGGCAUUCCUCCUCCUCCGCACCUUAGUGGAGGAGGGAAGUGAAUGACUGCCCGUACUUCGUUGGGCGCCGAUCAU